AUGUCUUCUGUGCUUCUUGCUUCACCAGCAUCCGCACCUGUGACAAAGGCUAAGUCUGUUGAACGUCACUCCAACCAUGACGAGGCUUUGUCUGAAGACCGCUAUGGAGACUUCGUCAGUAGCAUUAACGAGUCAAUCUUUGAUCACAAGGGGGAUAAGUUCUACUUGUAUCCGCGCUAUGGCAAGAGCGAGCACCUAGCAAAAACUGGUCUUCCGGAGCUGGACGAGCGCUACACAAUAACCCGCUACAUCUAUGCAACAGUUCAUGGAUACGCACCGUCUGAAUGGUUUGGCUUCGUUGCCGUAUCUACGCCGCAGCAGAGCGAGUAUCUUGGCUGCCGUGAGAUCGUUGUUGCUAUCCGGGGAACUAUAUCCGACGCCGAAUGGCAUCAAAAUCUAUUCAAAGCAAAUAUGGUGACUUGUGAUAGAAUUGAUCCGUCCAAAAAAGCUCGUGUUCAUUGUGGAUUCUAUAGCAUAUACAGCUCCACCAAUGAAGCUCAUGCGUUUGGGGAGCUGAGCCUGAGGAACCAGAUCUUCAAGGAGGUAGAGGAGCUUGUUUCUUCUGGCGACAACAAGAAAGACGUGAGGAUUGUGUGUGCCGGCCAUAGCCUGGGCUCGUCUCUCGCAACCUUGGCUGCAGCUGACCUGAGCAUCAACUUUGCUAGCGGCCGCAGCAACGUCAAGGUCCACCUCGUUGCUUAUGCUUCACCCAAAGUGGGCAAUGCCGAAUUCAAGCACCUGGUGGAGAGCCAGUCCACCUUGGUGAUUACACGAUACAGUGGGGUUGGCGAUUUGGUACCACACGUUCCAAUAUACGAUGCUGUUGAAAACUGGAUUGGGGUAAUUCCAAACCUCCCCAUCACAUACUAUCAGCAUGUUGGGAAAGAGCAAAAGCCAGACUGGACAAAGUCACCAUAUGUUCAACCAUGGUUACUCAAGGAACACAACAUUUUUGGUGGAAGCUUAAUGGCAGAACCGGAUGGCGUCUCAAGACAUAUUUUGGAGUUUGCCACAAUCUCCAACUCUACCUACACACCAUUGCAGCACAAUCCUUUGUCCUCGAGCCCCUGCUCAAGCUCUCGGCCAAACCGCUCCAAACCCCCGCGUUCAAAGAGGCGAUGGAGAUCCUUAACAAGAGAUACGGGGAGGAGGGCAUGGAAGCCUUGGCUCCAUUCUACAAGGAUUUGGCGUACCUGGAAGAGGUUGCAACCAUGAAAGAAGGAGCCCCAAAAUUCAAGAGGGCCAGGCUUGAACUUGAACCCUCUCCAUUUGAUGCAAGAGACUGUGCUUUGCUCAACAAGCGAGCUGACAUCCUCAAGGAGGAGUUUGGAGUUCCAGUGUCAUGGGUACUGCCGCCAAACAAGGAUAUGAAGCUGGAAGAUGGGAAAUGGCUUCCUCGAUCGAAGAGGAUUGAUGAUAUCCCUGAUCCCAGCAACCCGGAAUACAACUGAAGUACCAAAUCGAUGCAUGCUGUGAAGAUAAGAAUUAAUCCUCAGCAUGUUGUGCACGCUUGCAAAUGCUCUGAUCUGGAAAUCAAGUGAUCAAGUUUUAAAACAAAAAUGGAACCAAAUGGCUCGCUGUCGUGCUCGCUGUCCCAAAGCUACGUGAAAUUGAUGAUGUAAGAAUCUCCUUCCAGGGAGAAAAAAUCUGGUCUCGGCCA